GUGGAGUGACGUAUUUGCGCGCGCGAACACCAAACUAUGGACUUGGUACCUAGACACAGGCGGUGGUUAUAUUAUAUGUACACACCAGUCUAACGAAACCCAUCUCUCUGUCAGAGUUCAAAGAAUGCCUCGCCGUUCUAAAAGGACAAAGACAGCCUCCGAUACUGCAGCAGCUGACAAAACGCCUUCGUCCGCUGUCAAAGCUUCUCCUCCCGCUGUAGGAAAAGAUGACGUUGAUUCCAAGAUGGAAAGGAAUGCCGAAAACCCUCAACCUGGGGAGAAGGCAGUGCAAGAACAGGAACAGACCGUAAUCCCACCAAGCAAUAACGAAGCCCACAUCGACACAACCAGCAACGCCAGUGAGGCACCCACUUUUGACGACAUUGAUCCCGUCGACCCCGCGGUUUUGGACGAAGAAGAAGUCCCGGACUACGACGGCGACAACGGCGUCCCUGUCUCCAAAUCCAAAGGACCCACGGGUGGCGGGCGACAGGGUGGCUUCAACGCUCUCAAGUCCUUCCACGGCCAGAUGUACACGGGCAUGGCCAUCGGUGGCUCACACAAGUGGAACUACGACCAGGGAGUCUGGAAGGAGACGAAACUCGAACCGGACCUCUGGAAGAUCGACUUUGAGACCACCAAGCGCCGGGCACGCAAUGCCCCCAAGGGGAGUGGUGCGCCCGUGGGUACAGAGUAUCACUGGCUUAUAGUAGCUCAUCAGCACGUCAAGAAGAUCGACGCAAACACGUACACCACCCAUCUCGCGGGGUCAAAGUACAAGCUGGCGCACAAGAACGUCAACUCGAAUUCGUGGUCCGUGCCGACGGUCAAAGCCCAGCGCGAGCGCGAGAUCGAGCUGCUCGAGGACGCGAAGCGGAGAGUGCAGGGUCUCCCGCCAGUGCUCGCGGGCGAGAAGGUGAAGGUGGAAAAAGGGGCGGAGAGGGGCCAGCAGAAACUCGACUCUUUGUUUUCGAGGUCUGCGAAGGCCGAUGGUGGGGGUGGUGCAGGGGGGAAGAGGAAGCGUAGCGACGAGGAUACAUAAGAAAGGAACAGGGACAGGAAUGAUGGGACGACAAGGGAAUGGAAUGCAGGAUACGGCAAAGGCGCGGGGGAAACCUGUGAAUUAAGAAGGAAAUUUUCAUAGAUAUGUACAUAUAAUAAGGAACCAAGAACUGGGGUGAUCCAAUUUGUUUGUCUUAAAGGCUGGAGAGGCAGGAAGGGGAGGAGGUACUUAAAGUCCACUGAUGAAGUCGUCCAAUUCUGGCUCUCAAGUG